AGCGCAGAGGGCGCGCGGGCUGGCGGGCGGGAGGCGCGGCCAGGUCGGCCUGGAGCUGGGUGGCGGCCUGCCUGGGGGCGGGAGACCCUACGGGAGGGCUGGGCUGAGGCCUCCCGGCGCCUCGGCCAUAUUGAAUAGCCACGGCCGAGCCCUCUUUGUCUGCGAAGUCCUCUCCGAAGAUCCAGCCGCGUCCCUGGUGCCUGGGGCAGGAAGAGCCGCGGGCAGUCCGUGCGCCCCAACUUGGAGUUGGGACACCACGUUUCCAGCUUGGAGUGGGCUUUGAGCCUGGGGACUGACCUCACCCCGGCUCACGUAAACAUCCCAGGAAUUGAAUCCCACAAGUCCUUGGGGGGACCCGGACUUGGUCAAGAUUGGACUUGUUGCAGGCGGAGAAGUUGGGAGGAGUUGGCUCAUUCCUGGCUGGAGAGGUGAGACUCUCCGGUCAUCCAUUGCUGGGACACCCCUUCCUCACCCCCGGCCCUGCACCUCCUCCCCCUGCAAGACUAAGGGCUACCGGUUCGUUUGGGCUCAUUGCCUCUCACCCCAGAUACCACCCUGGAGAUCUUAAAGACUCUGGAGAAAAGCCAUGUGGGGGGCUGGUUCCCCUGGGGCUUCCUCCCGUCCCCCGACUGCCUGAUCCUUUGGAGCGUCCCUGAUGUCUGCAAAGAUGUGGAUUUGGACGUCCUCGUGGAAGCCUUAAAGCCGGUGGGGACCUUUAAGAAGAUCGGCAAGGUGUUCCGCAAGGAGGAGGACUCCACGGUGGGAAUGCUGCAGAUCGGCGAGGAUGUCGACUAUUUGCUCAUCCCCCGCGAGGUCAGGCUGGCCGGGGGCGUCUGGAGGGUCAUCUCCAAGCCUGCCACCAAAGAAGCAGAAUUUCGGGAGCGGCUGAUCCAAUUUCUGGAAGAAGAGGGCCGCACCCUGGAGGACGUGGCCCGCAUCAUCGAGAAGAGCACCCCCCACCCGCCCCAGCCCCCCAAAAAGCCCAAGGAGCCCCGAGUGAGGAGGAGAGUCCAGCAGAUGGUGACUCCUCCACCCCGCCUGGUCGUGGGCACGUACGACAGCAGCAACGCUAGCGACAGCGAGUUCAGCGACUUCGAGACCUCCAGAGCCAAGGGCAACAAAGGCUCGAGGCCGGGCAAGAAGGUGCGCAAAAUGCCCGUCAGUUACUUGGGCAGCAAAUUCCUCGGAAGCGACCUGGAGAGCGAGGAUGAUGAGGAACUGGUCGAGGCCUUCCUCCGGCGAGGGGAGAAGAAGCCCAGCGCGCCUCCUGCGCGCCGCCGCGUCAACCUGCCGGUGCCGAUGUUUGAGGACAACCUGGGGCCCCGGAUGUCCAAGGCAGACAGGUGGCGAGAGUAUGUCAGCCAGGUGUCCUGGGGGAAGCUGAAGCGGAGGGUGAAGGGUUGGGCCCCGAGAUCUGGCCCGGGGACGGGCGAGGCCCAGCAGGCCUCGACCGCAGUGGAGAGAAAUGGGGCGUCGCUGCCGGCCAGCACCAGCCGCGGGGAUAACGUGGGGAACGCGGCAGAUGGGCGCGUGCCCGAGACCGCCCCUCGAGCGUGGAGACCCAAGAUCAACUGGGCUUCCUUGCGGCGCCGUAGGGAGGAGGAGGCAGCAGCCGCGGUGCGGGUGCCGGGAGCAGACAUCCCGGCAGACCCGGGGGCGGAGGCGGCAGAUAACCAGAGGGCAGAGGCUGUAGGUGACCAGAGGGAAGAGGCCCCAGCUGUCCAGGGAGCAGAGGCUGCGGAUGAUCGGAGGGAAGAGGCGGUAGCUGACCAGGCUGACCAGGGAGCAGAGGCCCUGAAUGCCCAAAGGGCAGAGUCUGCACAUAAUCAGGGGGCGGGGGCCCUGGGUACCCAGGAAGUUGAAGCUUCAGCUGCCCAGGGGGCCACAGGGGCAGCCCCAGGAGCCAGGGCCCGGAAACAGGUCAAGACAGUGAGGUUCCAGACCCCUGGACGCUUUUCAUGGUUUCGCAAGCACCGGAGAGCCUUCUGGCACACUCCCCGGUUGCCAACGCUGCCCAAGAGAGUCCCCAGGGCAGGCGAGGCCAGGAGCCUCCGGGUGCUUAGGGCGGAGGCCAGAGCCGAAGUGGAGCAGGGAGAGCAGGGAGAGGGGGAAGACCAGCUGUGA